CGCGCAGCGACGUGGCGGCCAUCUUGUGUUGUCGGGGCUGAGGGCUGACUGGGACUCCGAGAGACUCUCCGUCCGGGACCGCAGGUGCCAAGCUCCCUGUUAUCUGGGCUUGUUCCUGCUUUUCAACAGAUCCUGAGUAAAGGUAUUUCUCGUUAAAAAAAAUCUCCUGUAAAAAAUAUUUGAAAAGAAUGGCAGCAGAAACUCAGACACUUAACUUUGGGCCUGAAUGGCUUCGAGCUCUAUCCAGUGGGGGCAGCGUGAUCCCUCCUCUUUCUCCAGCAUUGCCGAAGUAUAAAUUAGCAGACUAUCGCUAUGGGCGAGAGGAAAUGUUAGCACUUUUUCUAAAGGAUAACAAGAUACCCUCGGACCUUAUGGAUAAAGAAUUUUUGCCUAUUCUCCAGGAGGAGCCCCUGCCACCACUGGCACUAGUACCUUUUACAGAAGAAGAGCAGAGAAACUUUUCCAUGUCUGUAAAUAGUGCUGCUGUCCUGCGAUUGACAGGACGAGGAGGAGGAACAGCUGUAGGGGCUCCUCGAGGUCGAAGUUCCUCUAGAGGUCGAGGUCGAGGCAGAGGUGAAGGUGGUUUUUACCAAAGAAGUUUUGAUGAAGUCGAGGGUGGCUUUGGGCGAGGUGGUGGUGGCCGAGAAAUGCACCGAUCACAGAGCUGGGAAGAAAGGGGAGACAGACGGUUUGAAAAACCAGGGCGAAAAGAUUCAGUGAGACCAAACUUUGAGGAAGGCGGGACAACAGCAGCAGGGAGAAAGCAUGAAUUUAUACGUUCUGAGAGUGAAAACUGGCGCAUCUUUAGAGAGGAACAAAAUGGGGAAGAUGAAGAUGGAGGCUGGCGCCUAGCAGGAUCUCGAAGGGAUGGAGAGAGAUGGCGUCCCCACAGUCCAGAUGGUCCUCGGUCUGCAGGUUGGCGAGAGCACAUGGAACGGCGACGGAGGUUUGAAUUUGACUUUAGAGAACGGGAUGAUGAUCGAGGUUACCGAAGAGUGAGGUCUGGCAGUGGUAGCAUAGAUGAUGACAGGGACAGCCUCCCUGAAUGGUGCCUGGAGGAUGCCGAAGAGGAAAUGGGAACAUUUGAUUCGUCCGGGGCAUUCCUCUCCCUAAAGAAAGUACAGAAGGAGUCCAUUCCCGAAGAACAGGAAAUGGACUUCAGGCCGGUAGAGGAGGGUGAGGAGCGCUCGGAUUCGGAGGGGAGUCACAAUGAAGAAGCCAAAGAACCGGACAAGGUUGCCCGCAGAGAUGGGGGAGCUGCAGACACGUCAGAAGAAACAGUCAGGCCGUCAUCCCCCUGCGCGCAGCCAGCUAGCCCUUCAGAACGUCGGCCUCAGGAAGCCCUGCAGCCCGGCCUGUUGGAGAGGAGAGAGGAGAGCCAAAUGGAGCAGCCGGAAGAGGAGAGCCGCUCCCAGAGCUCCCCGCCCACCCAGGGGCCCAGCACAGGGGAAGAACUGGUCCCUGCUGUACAGUCUUUAUCACAGAGCUCUUCAGACCCAUCCUCUUCUGGUCUUCUUCUCCCCCCUCCCAUUGCCAGUCCAGACCCUGCCCUCAGGCCCCCCCAGACUCCAGCCCUGGGUGCUCCUGGCAUCAGUAGUGUUUCUGCAGAUCCAGAUGAUGAAGACGGCCUCAAACACCUGCAACAGCAAGCAGAAAAGAUGGUGGCAUACCUACAGGACAGUGCCCUGGAUGAUGAAAGACUGACUGCAAAACUCCAGGAGCACCGAGCCAAAGGUGUCUCCAUUCCAUUGCUGCAUGAGGCCAUGCAGAAAUGGUAUUACAAAGACCCACAGGGAGAAAUUCAGGGUCCAUUCAACAACCAAGAAAUGGCAGAGUGGUUUCAGGCGGGCUAUUUCACUAUGUCCUUGUUGGUCAAGAGAGCGUGUGAUGAGACCUUCCAACCCCUUGGUGAUAUCAUGAAAAUGUGGGGAAGGGUUCCCUUUUCCCCCGGCCCAGCACCUCCUCCACACUUGGGAGAAUUGGACCAAGAACGACUGACCAGGCAACAGGAGCUCAAUGCCUUAUACCAGAUGCAGCAUCUUCAAUACCAGCAGUUCCUGAUACAACAACAGUAUGCACAGGUGUUGGCUCAGCAGCAGAAAGCAGCCCUUUCGUCUCAGCAGCAGCAGCAGUUGGCACUGCUUCUCCAGCAGUUUCAAGCUCUGAAGAUGAGAAUAUCGGAACAGAAUCUGAUUCCAUCCGUCACUAGGUCUGUUUCAGUUCCAGAUACCGGCUCUAUUUGGGAGCUUCAGUCAGCCACUUCACAACCUGCAGUCUGGGAAGGUAGUAGUGUCUGGGAUCUUCCUCUUGACACUGCGGCUCAGGGACCAGCUCUUGAACAGCUUCAGCAGCUGGAGAAGGCUAAAGCUGCCAAGCUAGAGCAAGAGCGGAGAGAGGUGGAGCUAAGGGCCAAGCGAGAAGAGGAAGAGAGGAAGAGGCAAGAGGAGCUCCGGAGACAGCAGGAAGAGGAGAGGAAACGACGGGAAGAGGAGGAGCUGGCCCGCAGGAAGCAGGAAGAAGCCCUCAGACGCCAGAGGGAACAAGAAAUGGCUCUAAGACGACAGCGAGAGGAAGAGGAACAACGACAGCAGCAAGAGGAAGCACUUCGAAGACUGGAGGAAAGGAGGAGAGAGGAGGAAGAAAGGCGGCAGCGGGAAGAGCUGUUACGGAAACAGGAAGAGGAGGCUGCCAAAUGGGCCAGGGAAGAAGAGGAAGCUCAACGUAGGCUUGAGGAGAACCGAUUACGAAUGGAAGAGGAGGCAGCCAGGCUGCGUCAUGAGGAAGAGGAGCGGAAACGCAAGGAGAUGGAGCUCCAGCGGCAGAAGGAGCUGAUGAGACAGAGGCAGCAGCAGCAGGAAGCCCUGCGGCGCCUACAGCAGCAGCAGCAGCAGCAGCAACUUGCCCAGAUGAAGCUUCCAUCUUCUUCCACAUGGGGCCAACAGUCAAAUUCUGCGGCUUGUCAGUCUCAAACAACACUAUCGUUAGCAGAAAUCCAAAAGCUAGAAGAAGAAAGAGAGCGCCAGGUUCGAGAAGAGCAAAGGCGACAGCAGCGGGAAUUAAUGAAAGCCCUGCAGCAGCAACAACAGCAGCAGCAGCAGCAGAAACUGUCUGGUUGGGGCAAUAUCAGCAAACCUGCCGGCACGGCGAAGUCCCUGUUAGAAAUCCAACAGGAGGAGGCCCGACAAAUGCAGAAGCAGCAGCAACAGCAGCAGCAGCAGCAGCACCAGCAGCCCAACAGAGUCCGAAAUAACCCACACUCUAACCUGCACACCAGCAUCGGGAAUUCUGUCUGGGGCUCUCUAAACACUAGCCCCCCUAGCCAGUGGGCGUCAGACCUUGUUAGUAGUAUCUGGAGCAAUGCGGACACCAAAAACUCCAACAUGGGAUUCUGGGAUGAUGCUGUGAAAGAAAUGGGGCCAAGAAAUUCCAGCAAGAACAAGAGCAACGCCAGCCUCAGUAAGUCUGUAGGCGUUUCUAGCAGGCAGAACAAGAAGGUGGAGGAAGAAGAGAAGCUUCUGAAGCUCUUCCAGGGAGUGAAUAAGGCCCAGGACGGAUUCACGCAGUGGUGUGAGCAGAUGCUCCAUGCACUGAACACGGCCAACAACCUAGACAUUCCCACAUUUGUUUCUUUCCUGAAGGAAGUGGAAUCUCCUUAUGAGGUGCACGAUUACAUCAGGGCCUACUUAGGAGACACCUCCGAGGCCAAGGAGUUUGCCAAGCAGUUUCUUGAGCGCCGUGCCAAACAGAAAGCAAACCAGCAGCGGCAACAGCAGCAGCCGGACUCUGUAUGGGCCGUGAACCAUAGCACACUUCACUCGGUGUUUCAGACCAACCAGAGCAACAACCAGCAAACAAACUUUGAGGCUGUGCAGAGUGGAAAGAAGAAGAAGAAGCAGAAGAUGGUCCGAGCGGACCCCAGUUUAUUAGGUUUUUCCGUAAAUGCAUCAUCAGAGCGACUCAAUAUGGGAGAAAUAGAGACUUUGGAUGACUACUGAGCUCCUGCACACCAUCUGGCCGUUUCCCAUGUCUGUUAACCAUGGAUUCUCCACCUUUGGACAUCACCCUUUACCAUUUACUCUUUGUCACCUUACAACCAUCACAGAACCUGUCAUCUCAGGCUUUACCUUCUAGCCCUUCCUGUCCAGGACUCUGAGCGGUCCUUGUUGGCAAGCCUCUCGGACAAUAGACACGUGGACUGAACUCUGUCUAUUGGGUGGGUGGUAGUUGGGAUUCCUCCCCAACAAGGAUAACUGUAGACGGCAGAUGUUCACUGGGCUGUGAUUCCAUCUGCUGUCUCCUGGAAAGCCCGUUGGGAUCUGCCAACAGCAGCUUCCUGUCCCCAUCCCUUUUUUCUUCUCUGGGGCAAGGGGGGAAAUCUCACUUGUGCAAUCAUGGAGAGAGUUUAUGGUUAACAGAUGUCGGUCAAUAACAACACACCCCAUGGAUUGUGACUUCCGUAUUCCUUCAGGGCAGAGCCACAUGGUGCCCUCCCAGUCCACGAGCGGCAUCGGGAAAGCUUAACUUUUGGAUAAAGUCAGCAAGGGCUUGGAUGGGGGGGGUUGGCUUGGAUUGGUUUGAAGUUGCACACCCCUGGCCUGCCUUUUUUGAGCAUUCUUCAUCAGGCAGUGACAUCAAAGCAUGCCAAAUUCUCCCUCUGGCACACUCCUUCCUUCUUGGACAAAGGAACCUCUGAUCUGGGAGAGGGACUUUUUUCUUUAAUUUUUCUUUCGUAUUAAAAACUGAUUUUUCCCAUAAAUAUUUUUACUUCAGAGGAAUAGGACCAGUUUGUUUUGGGCCCUUCUGCUGAGAAUUUGUCUCGUUUAAGAGGCAUCUAGGAUCUUUACCCUAUGUAUGUAUUUGUCUAAUUUCAUUUUGGGUGGGGAUGAACCUUGACUCCUGAGUACACGAGCCCGGAACUGUAGCUGGUUCUUCAUGACAGUGUGCGCGUCUGUCUGCUUGCAACCCUGCCCUGAAAAGAUUCUGGACUGCCAUUUUAUCCUAACUUGACCGCCUGCAGACUUCUGUUCCAGGACACCGGGGAGGGUCGGGCAAAGGAGAGUUUGGCUGGUUGCGGUUCCCUUGUGCUCCUUCACCUCAGAGCCAGAUGUAAUCGGCAUCACUUGGUAAAGGAACCCUUGGACUCGCUUUGCUUCCGCCCGCCAAGAGUUCAACGACCCUUCUCCCCCCAGAACAAACCCUGCCCCUUGAAGUUGCCCAUUGCACUUAGUUUCUGACCUCUCCUUUCUCCUUCCACGUUUUGGGAAUGGUCGGAGUGUGCCUGUGGGAGAAAGUGCUACAGCUACUGGGGUGGCUUUGUGGGAAGGUGGCACCUUCUCCUCUCCUCUCUUCUCCCCGUCAUCAUUGCCUGAAGAAGAGGCUGGAGCUGCUCUGAGAGCAGUUUAGCUUUGAAUGAUUUUAUUUGGUUUAUUUUAUUUUUAUUCUUUGAGAACACCACCCCUCUUGUCCUUGCCCCCUCCUGAACAUGUACAGUUAAUUCUACAGAGACUGCUGCAAACGUGUAUAUAGUUUUUGGAUCCAGUGGCAUGGGGAGACAGGGCACCAUCCACCGUGGGGCUCCUGCUCUCCGUUGCUUUGUAAAUUCGUAAAGGGGGAAAAAGAGGGAGAGUUAAAAUGUUUACAAAACUUUAAGCUCCCUCGGAACUUUUGCCAGUGUGGAGGAAAAAUAAGAGAAAUAAAUAAAAACCGUUGUAUCAUA